AUGAUUAGGAUCUCUUCGAGUUCAGAGAUCGAUUUCACUUUUUUGUCGACAGGGCUUCGAGGCUUGGCAGGGGCUCAGCUACAACUAUACUUUCUGCUGGCCGGCUGUGCAGCCACCAGGCGCAAAGCCAAGCCUCCAACACGACGUCAGGCGAGGAGAGGGGCAAGAGGAAUGGAUGAAUCAUUGGAUGACCACAAGCAUCUUCUUUUGAGCGGCCUGAAUGACGACAACGGAUGA